AUGCACUCGACUACAUUCGAAUUGCUGCGCUUUUCUCAUCGCCAUGAGGGAAUGACUGACGGUGUGGCGAUGUUGACGAAGGCCAAAGAAAAUUUGAUGUUCACAAUGUCUGCUUUAUCAGCUGAGCAACGUGUCGCACUUUCACAGAGCAAGCAUGAAUUCAUUGAAAUGUGCUCAUUCAACGGGCAUCAAUGUGAUAUAGAUGAGUAA